AUGGACAAGCGGAACAAAGUUUCAGAGAAAACACAGUUGUCUCCUUUUGAAAAAACAGACUUGUCUCUUUCUGAAAGCUCCCAGUCACUUCAUAAAACUGAAGCUGUGGAAAAAGUUUUAAAUGAUACAAGCAAAGAAAUCAAUGCUCUGUUAUCAAAAUAUGCUAAUAUUUUAAGUGAGAGAGCAGCGAUGGAUGCAUCGUUUGUAGAGGAGCUUCAAGGAAUCCUGAAAGAAGCUUCUUCUGUAGAACAUCACUUGAAAUUAAAAAGGGAGAAUCUAAGGCACAGGUUUGCAGCGAUUGCAGGCCCUCUACAAAGUGAAAAUGGACUAUCUAACAAAUCUAACUGAAAUCUAUGGCACAGGCUGCAUGUUUACAGUUGUAUACCUGAGAAUGGAACACUCUUUUAUCUGCCUUGAUUCUUCAAUUGAUUUACGUUAUCCAACCCUUUUCAAAGCAGCAUAGUGUUAUUUAAAAACAGAAUCAGUAGCUACAAUAAAAUCGUAAUUAGGGUAUUUGAUUUAGGGAAGUUACUUGGGAUUGG